GGUCCCUGCUCCGUCUGAAUCCAAACGCGACACUGUCCACACAAUCUUUCGGUUUCACAGACGCCACCUAAGCAGCAGCCCAAUUCUGGACUCCAUAGCGUCAAGGUAACAGAGAUGGAGGCAGUGGACUCACAAGGUGAAGGGUCCAUGGCGGUCAGAGAUGGGCCGAGCGACCGCAGCAAGCCGUCGGCCAGCGCGGGGAACACCACCACUAACUUGUUGGCCUCAGUCAAAGAACAGGAGCUGCAGUUUGAGCGGCUGACGCGAGAGUUGGAGGAGGAGCGUCAGAUAGUGGCCAGCCAGCUGGAGAGGUGCAUGCUGGGAGCCGAGUCGCCGGUGGCAGAUAGCAGCAGCUCGUCUGAGAAGUCGUUUGCUUGGCGGACUGCGGGAGACUCACAGGGCACGGCGGCGUCUGCGUGUCAAGGUCAUCACAUGGAGGCAGAGGGACUCUACCCGCCCGAAGCGGACCAAGCAUCGCUGCAUGACAGUGAGGACUCGGGAGGCCACUCGGCUCACAUGACUUCCUAUUCAGACAGUGGCUACCAGGACAGCAGUGUCGGUUACUACAGCAACCAGAAUGUGGUGCGUUCGGAGCCCCGUGCCUCUGUUUCGAGGAGCCCAAGAGCGGAGGGUCAAGCGUCUGGGCAGCCUUCUGGCCGGAUGCUGCGAAAGAUGGCAUCCCUCCCAUCCAGGAGCCAGUCUCCUGCCUGUGCCACGGUCUCACCCUCUCGUAUUUCAUUGCGAACAUCCCAGGGCAGCACCUAUGACUCGCCCGUUCUCUCGGAGCCCAAACCGCUGGCAACAGUGUUCCCUGGAACCAGCAUGCCACCCUCCUGCCCGUCACCCUCCUCCCCGGGUGACGGCACGCCGGACUUCGGCGGCAGGGGGGUAGGCAGCAGUGGCCGUCUGGGUUCCACUCUCUCCCUCAUUGAGGGGAGGGGUUUGCUGGGGUCACCACUGCGCACCGGGAUGACUGCAGUACCCCAGUAUUACGGCUCCACACUGCCAAGACAGAGCCAGUCACUGGGCUACGGAGCUGACCCGUAUGGACUGUACCAAAGGAGUGCCCUGCCCCGCCCUGACAGCCUCAUAGGCCUUCACAGCUCCUACACUGGUCAGUCAACCCAGAUUGAGGCAGAUCUGAGAGCAACGUUUUCCCCAGAUUCCCACAUGACGCCAGUUUUUGAUGACCCCACCUUCCACAGCCCCUUGUAUCACAGCCCCUCGCAAGAACUGCAGGGCUCUCUCUUCGGUACAGGUACAGGCGUAGGGACCCUCCGUCGGACCACAAGCCAUUGCAGCACUCUGCCGUACCAAAGAAGCAGCUACGGGCUGAACAAUACAACUGUGUACGUCGACUCCUUCAGGGCCCCCAACGAUCCAGUGUACUCGCACCAGCACUCGGAACUGGUGGAGCGGAUGGUCACCCGGACGCCGUCCAUCGAAAGCAUUCACAAAGACCCCAGGGAGUUUGCGUGGCGAGACCCCGAGCUGCCGGAGGUCAUCCACAUGCUGCAGCACCACUUCCCGUCCGUGCAGGCCAACGCCGCAGCUUAUCUGCAGCAUCUGUGUUUUGGAGACAACCGCGUCAAAGUGGAGGUGUGUCACCUAGGAGGGAUCCAGCACCUGGUGGAUCUGCUGGACAACAAGGCAGCCGAAGUACAGAAGAGUGCCUGCGGGGCCUUGAGGAACCUCGUGUAUGGAAAAGCCACAGACAACAACAAGGUGGCGCUGAGAAACUGCGGUGGCGUUCCUGCUCUCUUGCGCCUCCUCAGGAAGACGACAGACAACGAAGUCCGUGAGCUAGUGACUGGGGUUCUGUGGAACCUCUCGUCCUGCGAUGCAGUGAAGAUGACCAUCAUCCGCGAUGCCCUCAGCACACUGACCAACACGGUGGUCAUCCCCCACUCGGGCUGGAGUAGUGUGUCACACCGUGAUCAACACAAGAUCAAGUUUCAGUCGUCUCUGCUACUUCGAAACAGCACCGGCUGUCUGAGGAACCUGAGCUCAGCAGGGGAGGAGGCCAGGGGUCAGCUGCGUUGCUGUGAGGGUUUGGUGGACUCACUGCUUCACAUCCUCAAAGCCUGUGUCAAUACCUCUGACUACGACAGCAAGAUUGUGGAGAACAGCGUGUGCACCCUGAGGAACCUUUCUUACCGGCUGGAGGUAGAGAUGCCAUCCUCUCGUCUCUUGGGCAACCAGGAGCUGGACAACCUCCUGGGGUUCUCAUCCACGGCCAAAGAGCUUGAUUACAUCUGCUGGGGGAAGAGGAGGCGUGGUCGGAAAAGGACCGACUGGCCAGAUGAAAAUUGGGACGGCAUCGGACCCAUCCCGGGAUUUUCUCAGGCUCUGAGGGGUGCCGAGCUGCUGUGGCAUCCGAUGGUGGUCAGACCGUACCUCAACUUGCUGGCGGAAAGCUCAAACGCUGCCACGCUGGAGGGGGCCGCCGGAUCGCUGCAAAAUCUGUCUGCAGGAAACUGGAAGUUCUCGGCGUACAUCCGAGCGGCAGUGCGCAAGGAGAAAGGUUUGCCCAUCCUGGUGGAACUGCUGAGGAUGGACAACGACCGCGUCGUCUGCUCUGUCGCCACCGCCCUGCGCAACAUGGCGCUGGACGGACGCAACAAGGAGCUCAUAGGAAAGUACGCCAUGCGAGAUCUGAUUAACCGGCUGCCCGGUGAAAAUCCAUCGGUCCUGUCAGACGACACGGUGGCGUCCGUCUGCUGCACCCUGCACGAGGUCACCACCCGCAACACGGAGAACGCCAAAGCGCUGGCCGACAGCGGCGGAAUCGAAAAGUUGGUGGAUAUCAGCAAAGGACGAGGCAAAGGGUACUCAAUGAAGGUUAUAAAAGCAGCUGCUCAGGUUCUGAACACGUUGUGGCAGUACAGAGAACUGAGGAGUCUCUACAAACAGGACGGAUGGAACUACACCCACUUCGUCACGCCGGUGUCGACUUUGGAGCGGGACCGCUACCGGUCGCAGCCGACGCUCCCCACCAGCCCCAUUCACAUGUCCCCCGUCAUUCAAUCCGGUGGUAGCGCUACCUCCUCACCUGCGAUGCUCGGGAUCAGGAGGCACAGCUCCAAUUACCCGAGAGCGCAGUCAUCUAUGCAACUCGACACGUACUAUGGAGAUAACAGUUUACGCAAUCAUCAGUACGCAGGGUCAGAGAAGAAAGCUGCAUAUUUCAUCGGCACAUACAGCUCACACUCUGGAGACGAGCUGAGAAGGGCCCAGCACCCAGAGCCAUUCUACGAUGAACCAGACAGAAAGAACUACAACAGACUGUACCUGUCAUCCCCGCAAGGCUACGGAGCGGAGCAGUUUGAGGAUGACCCAGUCCGCCUGACCCCGUCGUCCCCUGACGGCUACACCGGCCAGCCACUCCCAUUUAAAUCCAACACUAACUAUGUGGACUUCUACUCCACCACACGGCGGCCUUCCAACAGGGCCAACAACUUCACCGGAUCCCCCGACUCCUGGGUGUAAACAUCAAAUAUUUGCCGAGGAAGAUCUGUGGUUGAAAGAGAGCUGAAAGAUCUGGGCUGGAAAUAUCAGCUAACAUUCAACUACGUCCUUAGACUAGUCCUGAAAUAUGUACCAUAAGGGCACUAGGUAACAUCUGUCACACGCUGGUGAGCCUUAGAGAUAAGGAGCCAGUUUCCAACCGACUCCAAAGUCAUUAUUAGGGUCCAACGAGGGUUUCGGUGGAAGGUACUCUUACAAAGCCAAGCCUAACGUGUUUGUGUAACGCAAUCGUUUUCUCUGCAGUACAAUUGUGCAGUCUGUUGGCUUCUUAAUGUGAAUAAAAUGGAGGCGGGGGUUGGGGGGGGUUGACCCAGGAAAAUUAGUGGGAAUUUAAAAGGGGAUUCAGGUGCAUCAUUCAUGUGACGCAGUGAUCCCCAAACUAUUUCAAGGUUUUCAGACGGCAAACUCACCGAUGGGUGUCCUCACUUUGGGACCUAAAAGGAUAACUCAUCGCUUUUAUGUCUGUUGGCCAUAAGUGCAGUAGUACAUCAUUCAAUAUGUGGGAAAAAUAUCUAUUUGUAUAGAUACAAUGUUGGAAGCGUCCUGUUGAAUUGUUGUAUUUAAUCUGUCAAACUUUCUAUGUGACCAUGUGAGGAAGAUUUUUGUAUUAUUUAUGAAGAACAUUGACUUACCUGUGACUUGACCAAGCUAACUAAGCUGUCUGUUCUGUCCAAAUUGCUGAUGAAGAUUAUGUGCAAUGUUACAAAUGGAAAUAGUGUAUAUGAUUAAAGGGAAAACGUGAUGAAAUGAUAAUAAAAACCUGGAAAUUAUUUCUUUGGU